AUGAUCGAUAAUAAAACUUCUAAACAUAUCAAUAUUACUACAACAACAACGACUACUACUACUGCUACUACUAUUGUUGCUACUACUACUGACAAUAAAGUGAACACCAUAAAUUAUAUUCAUUCAUCAAAACCAGAAAUGUUGUCAUCAAUUAAUAAUAAUAAUAAUAAUAAUAAUAAAUUUAUUGAAUUACCAUUAAUUGCAUCUUAUAGUAAUGCAUUUUUAGAAACAAUUGCUGAAGAGACAAGUGAAUUAGAAACAUCAGAAAAUGGAACAUUUAAUAAUGAAUUAAUUGAUAUAGAUCAAAUUAGUUUUUGUACGGAUACAGAAUUAAAAAUAAAUGAUAAUGAUUUAACAUCAAAUUAUGCCACUAUAAUGAUCAGUGAUAAUAAUGAACAAAAUUAUAUAAAUAAUAAUUCUUUAUCAAAAUUAUCAAAUAAAUCUUUAUUGAAUAAUACAUUUUCUAAACUUAAACAACAUGAACCAUUAUUGGAUCAUAACAAUAAUAAUAAUAAUAAUAGUAAUAAUAAUAAUAAUAAUGUAAAGACUAAUAAUGGUAAUGGUGAUUUUUGGACUAUAAAUUUGCCUGUUACAUUGGAUAAUAGAAAAACGUUUUCAAAUAAUUAUAAAUUACAGAAACAAUUAUCAAAUGAACUUAAUUCAUCAAUAAUAAGAAACGAAUACUUUAAAAUUGCCAGUACUACUACUACUAAUACUACUGAUAGUAAUAGUAAUAAUAAUAAUGACAAUAAUAGGAAUAAUAGUAAUAAUGAUGGUAAAAUUCAAGGAUUUGAUAGAAUACAUGAAGAGCUUAAAGAAAAUCAAAAAGGAUUUAUUAUGAAUAAAAUAAAUAGAACACAUAAAGAUUUUAGUUUACCUUUAUGGAAUGAUGAAAUAACUGAUGAAGAAUUAUUAAUCUUAUCAACGGAUUAUGACAAAAAUCAAUUAUGUUGGACAUUAACACCAAGUCAACCAAUAAUGACAUCUUCUUUGAAUUAUCAUAAAUUAGAUGAAAAUGUCAAAUAUUUAAAUGAUACAGGAAAUAUUCCCAAUUAUAGUGUUAUAUAUGAAAGUGGUCAUUUUAAAUGUACUCCAAAUGGUAAUACAAAAAACAUAUCAGGUCAAUUAAUAAAAGAUAAUUUUAUAAAUGAAAACACUGUUGAUUCAUUUAUACAACCAUUAAAUUCAUCACAAAAUUUAUCAUCAACAUUCCAUCCAUUUGUUUCUGUAUCCAAUACAAAUAACAUAUGUAAAACAUCAAUACAGAAUUCAACACGAGCACAGUUUCCUAAUCUGUGUGUUCAACCAAUGAAAGAUAUUGAUUCUAGUUUCACACCUAAUUUGUCUACACAAAGUUUUAUUAAACAUUAUCCUGUUUCUAAUGAAAAACCAUAUAUUACACCAAAUGAUUCAUUUAUAGAGAAUUCAAUGUCCUUUCCAUUUAUGCCCAAGAUGGUAACAACAAGUAACGAUGCUAUAAAAGGUUGUCAUAAAGACUUCUAUAAAAACGCAAGGAAUCAGAAACCAUUAUGUACUGGAUAUAACUCAUCUUUCAGUAGUCAAUCAAUUAGACCCCUAAUCUCGAACUACACAUCGACAAACAUCCCCCGAGAUUCUGAUAAUAAACAUGAUGAUAAUAGAUUGUUAUUUACGUCACAUAUCAGUCAAGAUGGAAGCUAUUUAACUGGUUGUUUGUCCAAAAAUUCCAUGGAUCAUCAAUCCUCUGUUAAAGGUUUGUAUGAUAAUUCAAACACGCUUAAUCAAACACAACAUUCUAGAUUAUUAGACAGACAUACUAAUUCGCAGUUAAAUAAUUAUCCUUUAAGUCAGACAAACAAUUAUACGAGUCUGUCUACAUUUAAAACAGCGUCACGUGACUUUUCCUAUACAUUACCAUCGACUAACAAUGACUUUAAUCAUUCAAUUUUUAUUACUCCUGAAAAUCCAUCUGAGAAAUGUUACAUGGAAGAGCAAAAUGAUAUCCACUCAAAAUUAGGCCAUCUUCAAACAAACUUUAACACGUUGUCAUCCUCAUCAUUGUGUAAUCAGUAUAAAAAAUGUAAAGACAAAACAGACGGUUUACCACCUAUAUUAUUUGAAGAAAAACUUAAUUCAAAUGAAAUGACAUUCAAUAAUCAACCGAUAACAUAUCAUCAUGUUAAAAGUCCUGAUUUUAAGCCUAUAGACUAUUCAAAAUUGUUUUCAUAUUCUUGUCAACAAAAUCCUUUUGUCUUGAAUAAACAUGAGUUAAACGAGUCUAAACUAUCCUCAACAAAUUUUAAGUGCCCUACAAAUAGCAAACUUAGUAAUGAUAAUCCUAAAAAACUGGAUGACCAAAACCUUCAGAAUCUAGAAAUGAAUACAGUAAAAAAUUCCCAACCUAAUGAGAAAUUUUCUAGCAAGCCGUCUAAUCUUGUACAACAGUCAAACUAUUCGGAAAGUUUAAAAGCAAAAUUAAAUGGUAAUAUUAAUAGUUUAUUUCGUCCGUUACAAAGAUCUCCAGCUGUUGUUGGAGUGAGUGAUCUACUGAUAAAAUCAGAUGCUGAAUUAAGUAGUAUAUUAGAAAAAGUGAAAAAUGGACAACAGAGUAAUUGUUCUAUUUCAGAUUCGCAAGGAGUAUUGAAUCAGACUAUUAGUAAUGAUGAUUCUUGUUCAGAUAAAAACAUAAGAAAUGGAGGGGCAAAUAGUAAUUCUUAUCAUGAUGAUUUAUCUCCGGCACGUAGGAGAUUUUUUCCACAAUAUUUGAGUCGUGAUGUUAAGCUGAAUAAUUCAACAGGGAUUUAUUGUCAAAACAAUGAUGAUAUGGAAGAGAAAAGAAGUUUUUAUGAUUAUGGUUGUGAUGAUGAAGAGGAUGAGGACAAAUUAGAUGAUGAUGAAGAGAACGAUGAUAAUAGUUAUCCAUGCCAAGAUGAUAUUCAUGUACAGAAUAAAAAAAUUUACAAUGAUCAAAAUUUAACAUAUUCAAACUAUGUCGAUAAGAAUAAUUCUAGUGUAAUACAAAGAAUACGUGAUCUAGAAUUACAGAGUCAAUCGUAUCGCUGGGAGGAUGACUGUUCACAUUCCACAGAUAAAUAUAAUUCUUCAAGUAAAAACACUAACAAUAAUCUAACUAACUAUGGUAUUAACAACACUAUUAAUGAGAAACAGUUAGCAAGAAAUGAAAUUAGAACUUGUAACAUACAUAAUGAUAAGCAAGUGCUUAGUAGUUAUGAAUGCGAAGAUAAUGAUGUGCCAUAUAUUGACAGUGAUUCGCUUGUGCUUGAAUAUACUCAUCUAAAAGAUUUCCUUCCUAGAAUAGCCGACUUGGAAGAAAUCACAUUGAGUUCAAAAUGAAUCAUGAUUGGUUCUUAUAACAGUUGGGGAAUAUUGGCUGCACAACUAAAGUUUAGUGGGGAUUGUCACGAAAUUACUUAACUAAUCAAUGAAAUCUACAGUUGUUGUUAAUGUGAACAUUUUACAUCUGUUAAAAAAAUUUUUAUCACUGGCAUAGAUAGCAUUAGAAUAUCUAAGAAAUAAUGCUGCCUGUGGGUUGACAAUUAGUUCGUAUCAUUUUAUUGUUUGCUUAUCAUCUCACAGAUAAGUUUUAAAGUAGCCUUUGGUCAUUUACUCUUAGGUUUACUUUUAUUAUCUGUACCUUACGGCAUUCUUCAAGGUGUGAAUUAUUUCGUAACAUCUGAUCAGUCAGUCCAUUUCUACUUUCAGUUAUUGACUAGUCUCCAAUUGUAGGUUAUUUCAGUGAGAUUUAUGCGAAAUAUGUAAUCAAUUUGUUGAGUAAGCUACGUUUUCUGUUAUAAGAUAGUUUACUAAGGAACACUGGAAGCUAUGGUCAUUUUUAAAUUGUCAUAAGAAACGUUUUAGAAUAAACGAAGUCCCUGUGUGUUAUGAAGAAUGUAUAUUAUCCAAGCAAAUUACAUUUUCAACAGGUCGCAUAUUUCUUACAUUAAUUGUUAGUUUUACGUGGAACCUGACUACUUAAAAAGUAUAAGUAUUAAUGGAACAUAGAAUUGACUCAGGAUGGUCAUUGUAGAUAACAGAUAUGUUUUAUAGUGUUUCAUUCACUGAUUUGUAAAUAUUAAUUUUGAUUAAAAUUAUUAUUCCUCACUUAUGACCAUCAUUUGAGUUUGAAUAGAUUCCAUAAUUCAAAUCAAUCCUUAACAAAAAUCAAUUCCAAUCUAAAAGGAUCUGCAAUAACCAAACUGUAAAUAAGUUUGGGUUGUUUAUUCACUUCUGAAUAAAUUCCUGAAGUUGAUUUGAAUUGAUAAAAGACAUGGUUUGAUUCUUAGUCAAUGGUUUUUGUACACAAUGAACACUGUAGUGCCUAAAAAAUCUUGAAUUCAAAACUUUUUUCCUAUUAUGGGUGUUCAUUACUGAAAAGAUUUGUAAAGAAACAAAACAAUUAUUCAUUACUUCCUGCAUUUAGUGAUCACAUAAUUGGUAUCAUUAUAUGAUGGGAGCCAAAUAUAAGUAUUUUAUUCAAUUAACUUUCGAUAUUUAGAUUCUUUACAAAAGAAAAACUGGGUUGAACCAACUUCCAGAAAAUAGUAUUCUAAGUAUUCAACGAAUAAGUCUUUCUCAUUUAAAAAAUGAAUGAAAUGAACAUAAAACAAAACGUAUUUAUAAUUAGUUGAUUGACUGCUAUAGAAAAAAUUGUAUAUAGACUUAGUUUAGAAUAUAAAAAUAAGAAUUAUUCUUAACAAAUAAAUGAUCCAUGAAGCGUGAAAAAAAGUAUUUUAUUUCAUUGAAUAACAUUUAUUCAGAAAGUAGAAACUUUUCUGUCAGUUUUACUGUAUUAAAGUUGUUCUUUGGGGCGGGGGGAUAAACAUCUGAUUAAAGUUGGAACAUUAUCUUUGACAUUAUUUGGAUUAGACCACCAACUAUUCGUUAGGCAACCUUGUUUCAUCGAUUACAAUUCAGGACAGAGAAUUGUUAACGAAAUAUGUGUCAACAGUAACAUGUUAAUUGUUUUAAUGUUUGAGAUGGAGAAAACGAAUUUAAUUUAGUUGAGUAGAAUCCUUAAGAUAGUAAUUCAUAUCAUAUUAUAUGAUCGUUGGUAUUAGUUACAUUUUACAGAGGACGUUAUAAUCAAGUAACUAAGUGAGGUGUUUGUAAACGCUUUUAGCUAACGAUAGAAUGCUUUAAGCCUAGGUUUAGUACAUAUUGGUAUUCGUCACCGAAUCGGAUCUAUAAUAUUUUAGGUGAGGAGUUUCACUUUUAUAUAACUUUUAUCAUCCGUUCUUCGAACUUUGCUGAUAUGUCUUGCUGACCAUUAAAAACUUAUACUAAGCCUCAUAUUAUGGAUCAAUGCUAGUGAAUUUCAUUGUUUGUGUAGUUGAGGCUUAAACAGAAAUCAAUUAAAAGCGGUGGAUGAUUUCUAUGACACCAUGAAAAAAUGAAUGAACUGAACAUAAAACGAAACGUAUUUAUGAAUAGUUGACUGACUGAUAUAGAAAAAAUUGUAUAUAGAAUAUUAAAAAAUUAUUCUUAACAAAUAAAUGAUCCAUGAAGCGUGAAAAAACGUAGUUUAUUUCAUUGAAUAAAAGCGAUUCAAUAUUUAAUAGGACUAUCGGAUAUCAAUUUAACAAUUUCCUGGGUGUGUAACAAUUUUUUUAAAAGAAAUUUUCUGUAAGAUUAUAAUUUAUGGACGACUUUUGAGUGAUACUAAAGUGACUUUGAGAGUGUUCACUUAAUAACCAGGACCAAAUGAGGGUUAUAAACCAGUAUAAGGAAAUAGAAUUAUGAUUUGCAUUUGAUAGUUAAGGUAAAAAAAAUUAGAUUUAGGGUUUUCAUCACGAACUGAUACCAGCUAUAAUGGUAAAACUCAAUUUACCCAAAUAGAUGAAUGAAUUUCGCGUCAACAUCCGAGACCUAUUAUCUUAUACCUGAUUGGUUCGUCUAUAAAUUAUAGUCUCGCCAAACUUUUUUCUCUAUGGAAUUUUUUUCCCUCCGGAGGUUAGUGUUUUGGAAAUUAACAAAAAAUUUCUCUCAUUUCACGAGUAAAUAAAAGACAUAGAACUUUGAAUAUAUUAUCUUGUUUGAAAAAAUGUUAUUAAGUAGUUAGCUUUAAGUAUAGGGGACAUGAAUUUAUUCGAUACAUUGUGUAUUGAAUAUUAUUUUAAUGAUAUUUGUUCUGAAUAAUUGGCGAAAUCUAACCUCAUAUAUAUCAGCGGUUAGUUAAUGUUCGAAUCGAUUUUUUGAAAAGUUGAGAGAUUGUCUUUGUGUGAUUAUGAGUAUAUUUAUUGCUGAUUGUAAAAAUUAUCUGAAAAGUAUCAGUAAUUAUAAUGUUUGGUAAUUUUGAAGCAAUAGACAAGAAGCUAUUAAAGAUAAAAUUCAAUCAGGGCUGAGGACUAAACAAACAUGACAGAGGUUUAUGUUCUGUGAUUAAUCAGAAUAGCUAAAUCAUAAAUCAAGUACUAGGAAUGAUAGUUUAUCAUAUGUAUUAACCAAAAUAUCUUUAAUAUGGAUGUUAUCAUCCUGAAAUAUAUAUUUUCUCACGAGAAACAAGUAAAAGAUAUUUAUGAUUUCACAACAUCUGAAACAUUCUAUUGUAUUCAUGCUUGAACACAAUUUAAAUAUGUGGUAAUUUGAUGGAAUACCGAGAAAAUCGUACUAAGCAAAUAUCAACUAGUUCUGAAUCGUUAAAUACUAUAUAAGUAUUAGAACAGUUGUAAUUAGAUUAUCAGCAAUAUAUGAAAUUGAACAAUAUUUAAUGAUAGUCAUACAUAACACUGUUUUCUUCAAAACCACCAUUUCUAAAACAAUUGCGAUCAAAUAAAUCACGUUUGUUCAAAUGUUGAUAAUAUAAUAUAAUUUCUUACCAUUAUUGAAUAAACCAAGAUACAGACCGUAUACACAGAAGCGAACAAGUGAGUGUAGUGGAGUGUUAGAGAAGACAAGCAGAAAUAUAUGGAAGAGUUAGUAAUGACGUAG